UAUAUAAACCAGAGUUUGUGCAACACUCAUGCACUAAAGUCCAGGAUCUACAUUAGAGCCAAAAUGGGAAAGAUCAUCUUCUACGAGGACAAGAAUUUCCAGGGCCGUUCCUUUGAGUGCAGCUCUGAUAAUUCAGACUUGCACUCACAUUUUAGUCGUUGCAAUUCCAUUAAGGUGGAGAAUGGAAACUGGAUUGUAUAUGAGCGUGCAAACAACCAGGGGCACCAGUACUUCCUGAAGAGGGGAGAGUAUCCUGACUUCCAGCACUGGAACGGCUUUAAUGAUUCCAUCAAUUCCUGCCGAAUAAUUCCACAGUAUCGUGGGACCUUUAGGAUAAGAAUUUACGAGAAAGAAGAUUUUAGAGGUCAUACAUUGGAGUUUAGUGAGGAUUGCCCAAAGGUUCAGGAGGAAUUUAAUUAUAAUGACAUCCAUUCAUGCAAUGUACUCGAAGGCCAUUGGAUCUUCUAUGAACUGCCAAAUUACAGAGGAAGGCAGUAUUAUCUUAGACCUGGAGAGUACAGGAGAUUCAGUGAGUGGGGUGCCAUAACUCCAAGGGUUGGUUCUUUCAGAAGAGUUCAGGAUAUCUAUUAAGUAUACAUUGUUUCUAUCUGAACUAUUUUUUUCUCAUUUUGACUUUCAAUAAAACAUCCUGAUAUUAAAAGCUGAA